AUGGCCAGGAGAAACCAGACGACGGUAACUGAAUUUGUCCUGCUCUCCUUUCCUAUUGUCCAGGAGCUUCAGGUCUUGCUAUUUGCCAUCCUCCUCCUGGUUUAUGUGCUCACCAUAACAGGCAACAUUGUCAUCAUUUCCUUAAUAUGGACUGAUGAUCGUCUCCAAACUCCAAUGUACUUCUUCCUCAGUAACUUGUCAUUUCUGGACAUUUUGGUCACAACUACCAUCGCCCCAAAGUGGCUGGCUUGCCUCUUAGAAGAGAAGAAAACCAUAUCCUUUGCUGGCUGCAUCAUCCAAACAUAUUUCUACUUCUUCCUGGGGACAGUGGAGUUUAUCCUGUUGGCAGUGAUGUCCUUUGACCGCUACGUGGCCAUCUGCAACCCCCUGCGCCAUACCAUCAUCAUGAACAGCAGGGUCUGCCUCCUGCUGGUCCUGGGCUGCUGGGUGGGGGCCUUCCUGUCCGUGCUCUGCCCUACUAUUGUGGUGUCCAGGUUGCCCUUUUGUUCUAAGGAAAUUAGUCACUUCUUCUGUGACAUCGCCCCUCUCCUACAAGUCGCCUGUAUAGACACACAUUUUAUUGAGAUGAUAAACUUCCUCUUGUCUUCCCUCGUCCUCCUGACCUCCCUGGUGCUCACCACCGUGUCCUACACCUACAUCAUUUCCACCAUCCUGCGCAUCCCCUCCGCCCAGGGACGUCAGAAAGCCUUCUCCACCUGUGCUUCCCACAUCACCGUCGUCUCCAUCGCCUACGGGAGCAACAUCUUCAUGUAUGUGAGGCCCAGCCAGAGUCACUCCCUAGAAUUUGACAAAGUGACAGCUGUCCUCACCACAAUGGGGACCCCUCUUCUGAACCCCUUCAUUUACAGCUUAAGGAAUGAAAAGGUAAAGGAAGUCUGGAGAGAGUCAAUGGGCAAGAUAGUUUCAUCGCAUUCCAAAGGAACAUGA